GACAGAAAUGACUUGCACCUGUGAUUCCAGUACUUCUCAUCACAUUAUCCUGGAAAGCGGGAAAAGCAGCCUCAGUUUUAUGUAGCCUCAUUUCUGCAACCCAGGAACAAUGCAAAAGGGGUUAAAUCUGACUUGCAAACAGUGGAUUUUAGCUGUGCUGGAAUGGUAAAUAUUUGGGAAGAAAAGUAGGCUUUCUACUAUGUUUUUGGAUCCUUCUCAUUACUCCUGGUGCUGCACUGCUGAAACUUUCUUUAAAAAUCUUCCACCCAGCAAAGCCAGGCAAUGUUGCCUGUAGGACAUUCUGAGGACUGAUCCCAUCACUUUUUCUACCUGAAAAGGGCGUGAAGUACAGUAGCCAUUGCCAGUCACUCACCAUGGUUUUCCUCUCUGGGAACUCAUCCGACUGUUCCAACUGCACCCACUCUGCAGGGCCCGUGAACAUUUCCAAGGCCAUUUUGCUGGGUGUUAUCCUAGGGGGGCUGAUCAUUUUUGGGGUUUUGGGUAACAUUCUGGUUAUCCUCUCUGUAGCCUGCCACAGGCAUCUUCAGAGUGUCACCCACUACUAUAUAAUUAAUCUUGCUGUAGCUGACCUCCUCUUGACAUCCACUGUCCUGCCCUUCUCUGCUACUAUGGAGAUUUUGGGCUACUGGGCCUUUGGGAGGAUCUUCUGUAACAUCUGGGCAGCUGUUGAUGUCCUUUGCUGCACUGCUUCCAUUAUGAGCCUCUGCAUCAUCUCGAUAGACAGAUACAUCGGGGUGAGCUACCCACUGCGAUACCCCAGCAUAGUGACAGAGAAGAGAGGCCUCCUGGCUCUGCUGUGCGUGUGGGCGCUGUCUCUGGUCAUCUCCAUUGGACCUCUUUUUGGAUGGAAGGAACCAGCACCCGAAGACGAGACCAUCUGCCAGAUCACCGAAGAGCCCGGCUACGUGCUGUUCUCUGCGCUGGGCUCCUUCUACCUCCCACUGACCAUCAUCCUGGUGAUGUACUGCCGAGUGUAUGUCGUGGCCAAAAGGGAAAACAAAGGUUUGAGGUCAGGGUUGAAGAUGGAGAAAUCUCGUUCUGAAGCAGUGACCCUACGGAUCCACCGCAAAAACGCCUCCGAAACGAGCGGGGCCACGGCCAGUUCUAAGAGCAAGCAUCACUUCUCAGUGCGUCUCCUCAAGUUCUCCAGAGAAAAGAAAGCGGCCAAGACCCUGGGAAUUGUAGUGGGAUGCUUUGUUCUGUGCUGGCUUCCAUUUUUUGUAGUCAUGCCUCUAGGUUCUUUCUUUCCUACAAUCAAACCCCCGGACACACUUUUUAAAAUAACAUUUUGGCUUGGAUAUUUAAACAGCUGCAUCAACCCCAUCAUCUAUCCAUGCUCCAGUCAAGAGUUUAAGAAAGCGUUCCAAAAUGUCCUGAGAGCACAGUGCCUCCCAAGAAAGCAUGCAGCGAAAAAGCAACCCCCAAGCUUCAACCUCAAUCAUCCCAACAGCCAAAGCAUGGGAGGUGGCAGAGGUGUGGUCCGUAUCCCCGUCGGCUCGGGAGAAACCUUCUAUAAGAUUUCCAAAGCCGAUUGGGUCUGUGAAUGGAAGAUUUUCUCCGCCGCGCAAAGCGUGCCGACGAAAAAUGCGAUCCCUAAGGACAAGUCCAGCUGCACUGCUGCCAAAGUGAAAAGCAAAGGCUUCCUCCAGGAGUGCUGCUGUGCGGGCACUGCAGGGAACGCGGUGCAUGAAAACUGCAAAGUGCCAACCAUUAAAAUUCACACCAUGACCCUCAGUGAGAACGGGGAGGAUGUCUAAAGGCUCUGCCAGUGUGAGGCCGCUGCCUUUUCAUUGGGAUUAUCCAUUUUGUUGGGGAUUGAAGUUGAUGCUAUAGCAGUUGAAGGAGUUGGGAUGAGGAGUUAGCAUGCUGGAAAAGAGAACCAGGCCUUGUGGGGAGUGAUGGUGGAGUGCUGUUAGCCUGAGGAAAGCCCUUUAAAGACAGUGAAUGGCUUCAGUGGAUGGUGAGCGCCCUCUGCUCUUCCAAGAGACAUGGUUUCCCUGAGAUUUAAAGGCCUUUUUUUUCACAGCAUUUCCCUCUCUUAAAGUCCGGCUGCUCAGAUUUAGAUGUGAUGUGGGAGCAAGAGCCAACUACAAGGACGCCGUACCGAUUUCAGCGUGGAUGCCUGCAGACAGCUCCAAGUUUAGAGCCAAUUCUGUGACUUUUUUUUUUUUUUUUAAUAUAUAGAUGUACAAACAUUGAUACAGCAUCCAGGAGAGCUGAGGUUGGGAGGCUCAGGUCUUGGGACAGUGUUUACAGAUCUCUGCUUACUUUUUGUUAAGGGACUGUGGACGAGAAUGCAUUCCUACCGUGUCUUGCCUCUUUUGUUCAUCUCCAGCUUCGUUUGGGGAGAUCCUACAGCCCCUGCUGAAGAGCAGGCAGCUCUUGGGGUGACACCUUCAGCUGGGCAGUCCCAUUUUGUCCUCAGUGUGUCACAUCCAAGCAUUGCACAGCAAACGCUCCUCUGGCUCUUGCACAGUUUGGAGUGGCUCUGAGUUUCCCUUGGUGCUGAACAUGUCAGUAAGUUGUACAGCCAAGAGAAACUUGAUCCCAGUGGUGCACUCCUCCUAGCUCCAGAGACAAGAACUUUUCUGUUUUACACAACCAAUCUCCCCCAAAUCCCCUGAUUGAAAUGAAAAUCUGCAUGCAUCCUAGGUGUGUUUGAAAGGUUUCUGCACUUUGAUGUCUGAUAAAAUUUAAAAGGAGGUAAGACAUCUUCAAACAAGGCUUGAACAGGUCUCUUCUAUUCAUCCGUUUGUCUCCCUUCUUCCAAGUUUAGCAGAAAACACCUGAAACCUCAGAAACUCCUGGCCCAGGUGCUUUCCCCAGUCACACCUUCAGGUACUGCUGUGCCACAGUCACUGGAAAAGCUGGAUGUCCCAUGGUCCCUUUGCCCAGCAUUAUGCUACAUCCCUCUGCAGUGCAAAGUACCCUAAGCCUUCCAACCCCAUGUACCAUGAGGUCAGGAAAGUUAUCCUUCUUCAGAGCAGUGAGAGCUAAACCCAGUAACUAACUUAAGGCCAUACAUCCUCAUGAGAAAGGCCCCUUCCUAUGGGAAUUUGGGUGAAAAACAUUUGGGAGCCUGGUAUAUUUUAAUGCAGCUAAUCUAAACAAAUAAAUAAAUAAAGGGGGCUGUUCAGCAUCUGGAAAAAAAUACAGAGGAAUUCUCUGUGCAGUAUUAGAAAUAGGCAGCUCUUGACAUGCCUCCUCCUGAGCCUGCCAACUGAAAAAUGCAGCUUCCUUGAAACAACACAUGAGCCUCCACUCAUGUCUCAGCAUCAGCUCCUGAGACGUGCAGGAUAUGCACUGGUUUGAAAAGGAAAAAGGCUUAAGAUCAGCGUUUUCAGGAUGGGACCUUGGAAGGACAAUCCUGGUAAUCUUGAUGAGGAAUCACUCUUUGUUCAUCUCUCAUUCUGUAUGGUCUCCAGCAUCAAGACAGUAUUUGUUCUCUUAUUGAAAUGCUGGGUCAGAGAGCUACAGAAUGUCCCAAGCAGGUUAAAAUUAGAGAAAACUUCAAUUCCAGUCCUUAUUGUCAGGCUCUUAUUUACUUCCAAAAACGUGUACUUGCAGGUAGCAUAUCUGUAGCAUUGUCCCAUUUUUAUUUAAAAUAAGAAAUCUACUCCACCCUUUGAGCUUUUCCUCAGGUUUUCAAUGAUUGGAAACCAGGAGUGCUAAAAUACCAUGAAUAAAUAUUCUCAUGGUAUUUCAAGCCAAGACCAGAAGCAGAAAAGCUGGAAAUCUCAUAAGAAAGUCAUAUGAGACUCCAAGCCAAGGUUCUUGGUCUCAUGGGGUUCAAAUACGUGGGACACUCGCUUGAAUAAAACCUGAACUCUGAAACACUGAAAAAACACCCAUUAAAUGGAGCUGAACUACUCAGACUGAGUAUCUCCACUGCAGCCAGGUUCUGCCCCAUUUGGACGGAUACCUGCUGUGUAACUCAGACCAAAGGGUCAUUGUGCCCUCUCUCCUUUGGAGUUGUGAGAAUUCCGACCUUAGGUUUGUUGUAGGUUCCGCAGUGUCAGGUGUGGGGUUGUUGUGGAGGUACAGGUGGGUUGGAGCAAAUGGGUUUGGUCAUUGAAUUUCAGAGCAACACAGUUGGAAUCUGCAGUGAGUAUAAAGCAUGCUGGUGGCAGUGUCUACGUGGACAGGUCUAUGUAGCAUCGUGCUUCAAAGAGGCAGAGGUUAGGAUAAC